GAGUAUGUGUAUGUAAAAGUGAAAAGAAAAAAUUUUGCUAAACGACGACGAAGUCAAGUUUGUCAAAUUUCACAUCGGUUUUCUUCAUUGAAAGGAAAAAAGAAAUACUUGAAAAGUCUUUAAUUGUUAAAAAGAAAUCCUGAACGCUUUACCAACCGGGACUGACAGAAUUUUUGCUGUUUUUUCUAAACAUGGCGCGUUUAACUAACGUAUAUAGAACGGAAGAACUCCGUUAUGUGAACAUCGGCAAAAGGCAACUUCCAGUUAACGCAGGAGAUGAUAAUCUAAUGAUGUUAAUGGAUCUGAAUAGUAAAGGUCUUUGCAUUGAUUGUCCUCAUAUACGUGGAAAAGAAUUGGAAGAGUUUACACGUAAAUUUAAUUUGCUUACAAACGAAGAAUUGCGUCAAUCAUUGGAAAUUAACAGCACCACUUUCGUAUCGGUUUUAAACCAAAGUGUUCAAUGUGUUGGUUGUCGUAGACGGGUGGAACGGCUCUUCUAUCAAUUGACGCUUUCCGGACAUCCCACUCUAGAUCCACUGAUUUUGAAAAAUUCGUGCAUUUUAACUGUAACUGAUGAGAAAAUGAAAACUCCUCAAGCUCUGGGCACCUUACUGUACCGUCACCAUGAGAUUCUGAAUAAUCUGCUGGAGAGUAAAUUGCGUAACAAGACGCGUUGUGCACUGCACUCAUUGGAUGCGUUUCGAUCGAAACCAUUUUCGGAGUCUUGGCGGGAAGUUUGGUCAUCGAUGAAACAUAAUUGCCGUGAUGAGUUAGCAGUAAUAGAGACUAAGGAAUUGCAUGAAGUGUUGGAUAAUUACUUGAAAAAGCACAAAUUCUGCACUGGCUGUCGUACUAAAAUCGAGAAGGCCUACAAGAUUUUAGUGGGUGAAACACGGACGAAAGAGAAAGGCUAUGUAGCUGCUCUUUACUCAAACAUAAAAAGAUGCCAACCCGAAAAGCAUAUACAUGUGUUUACGAAUAAAAUUGAUUUUCUUGAUGCUCUCAUAAGGCGAGCUGAACCUGAAGUCAAUGGCAGCGUAAUUCGUCCAAUUCACAGUUAUUCAAAGUUACGUGAACGUCAUGCUAAGACAUUGGAAAUUGCUCAAGAGGAAGUGUUGACCUGUGUAGGCAUGAUUAUGUAUGAAAGACUACGUCGGGCUUAUGUUAGUCUGCGUGAAGAAGAGCGAGCUUGUCAACUUCUAGCGGCUGUGGGCGUUCAUGCGCUCUGCCGUAGUUUUGAUAUGUUUGUGGAAAAAAAACAAGGAAUCAGUAAUUUAGAGCUGCUUUAUCAAGAGAUUAGUCGAGCUGAAAAAGCUAAAGAGCAUAAACGCGAGCAAAAGAAACUGAAGAAAAAGAAGAAGAAGAAUGAGAAAAAGAAUUCCCAUCGUUUAUGUGAACAUGCAGAUGCCAAUUCUGAGGAAGCACAGGAGCACAAUGCCACCGAUGACGAAGAUGUAAAUGAACUCGAUGACGAGAACGUUGAUGUUGAGAUCGAUGAUGUCGAUACGGCCAUGGCAGAUGAGGUGGAAUAUGAUACUGAACUGGAAAAGAUAAAAGACGGAAACGAAAACAAUGAAUUGCGCGAUACGGUAGCAGGUUGUGAUCAAGUGGAAUCUUAUCGUCAUUCUUCCACACCCGGCCAACAAGUAUUCGGACAGCAAAAGAAGAAGAAACAAAAGCAAAAACAGAAACAGAAAAACAUCCAGAGCAAAAUAUCGAUAAAUAACAACAAUGAUAUUACCACCAACAAUAGCAACAUGAAAGCGAUUAAAAACGAAAAAUCUCAAUCGGAGCAAACAAUGUCUAAGAGGCCCUCGAAUCCUGUGUCAAGCAUCAAUUGUGACGAUUGCCAUUCUCCCUCCUCGGAGUGUCCUUGCGAAAGCGACGUUAAAGAUUCGGGAUACGGGAGUGAGCCCCUGUCCCAAGGAAACUCGUGCACUUCCAGUGUAGUUUGUUCUGCUGAAGAUACGUCGGAAGGUUCCGAAGUCUCUUGUUCAGAUGGUUUCUGCAACCACGAAUCUAACGCUGUUGUAAAUGAACUCGAUGAAGACGAUCAUUCAAUUGGGAGUCACGGUUGUACUAUCACAGGUGAUAGAUUCAACUUUUGCAUGCAGCAGAAAUACUUGAAUCCAUUGAGUUUGCAGCAGAUGUUGAAUGAUGUCGCUGGUUACGAAGAAAAUGAAGAAAGUCACAUUCCCGAAGAUGUGGUGCUAAAAUAUCAAUGCCAGCGUGAAAAGGUGCAACAACAACGCCUCCAAUUGCGCGAAACGUUACGUGAAAAUUUCGCACGCCUUUGCAUGCAACAUCGACGAGCAGCCACCAGUGGUUCUAAACAAUAAACAUUAAAUCGCUACAUGACGAGCGUAAAUUUUCAUUAUUAACAAAAAAAAAAAAAAGGAGCUGGAGAAAAAUCAUAAUUAUUGCAAU